AUGCAAGUACGGCUGCUGUACUACAGGCCGCCCUAUUUCGGGCAGGAGCACCAGGCUCCUUUCCGCUUCCUGGGCGUUGCUGGACUCCUUUGCAGUAUUUUUCUUUCUUGUUCCGCAUCAAUUUUGACCGAAAGGUUUCUCAAGCUUGAUGCCUCCGAGAGGGCACCUUUUUACAUUCAAAAGACGAACAUAAUGCUCGGAGAGGUUGUGACAUCGUUCAUCUUGACCGCUCUCUACCUGCAAACGUUAGCAUCCUCCGAAGGAGGAGCUACUUCGUGCUGCAGUUGGGAGCAGGUGUCAGACAGGCGAAAUCUACUUGUCGUUCUGGUCUGGGCAAUUCAUGGCUGGAUGGCCGGGAUCAUUGUCAAGCAGUGCUCAGCUGUCGUUAAGAACUUGUCCCACAUUCUAUCGGCAGCUGUGAUGUACUUCUUCCCACUUGCCUUCAUUGCUACACCGGUGAACAACGGACCUGUGUCUGCGUGUGCGUUGCUGGUGCUGAUUGCCAUCAUGGUCUGGGCACUGGCUCCAACAUUUCGCGAAAAGCGUCCCCAGAUGCACCAUGGCGUCCACUUUGAACCGCCGCAGCCAAAGAACCAGCUGUCAACACCGUUCCUGCGGAAGGUGGCGUCUUCAAACUCUUGUGUAGCCGAUGGGUCCGAGCCCACAGCGGACCAGCAAGGCUCGAGCUUCCCUCACAUGGGCCCGGUGGUCCUUGGCUUCAUCAUGCUCGAUGCCGCCAAGCCCAUCCUUGUUAGCUGGGCUCACAGCAACAAGGCACCCGACCAGGGUUUCAACGGUGUCACGCUGAUCCUUGUGCAGACAUCGAUCUCAACUGCCAUAGGACUCCUGGUUGCUGCGAGACCUUCAAUUUCGCUCCCAAGCUUGAAGGUGCAGCUACACCCGGGAUAUCGAGAGCGCGUGUACCACUGCCUCGAGCCGAUGGCGGUCGGAAGGCAACUCCCGGUGAGCUUCUGUCUAGUCAUGAGCAAGCUCUGUCUCAUCAUGGCCCUCGAGAAGUUGGAUGCUGGAUCUGUGCGAGUGCUCUGCCAGUCCAGUCUACCGCUUGUUGGAGUUUGCGGAGCAGUGCUGUUCCGAAGACGUUACUCGGCCAUGCAGUGGUGCUCCCUGGCCGGAGUCACUGUCGCCUUGGGAUGUUUCUACUACGUCAAGCAUGAGGUGAAGCUUGCAAGCUGCAUUGUGGGUAGCGAGGCCUGGCGGACCAUGCCUCAUGUGCCUCGACGCGCCCAAGAUGCAUCGGAGAUCAUCGGAGCUUGCGGUGCUUGGAUGUCCCGAGCGAUCCUUCGCAAGGCCCUUCUGGCCGAAAAGUUCCUGAAGACGAGGAGUGGCCUUCUGUACGAGCAGAAAGUGCAGCUGGUCUCGGGAGAGGUUCUUUUUAACAUCUUUCUCCUGAUCAUCAUGCCCUUUCUCUUUAGCGAUCCGGCGAAGAGUUCCUUCAACAACGUCUUCGAGCGGGGCUUCUUUGCUGGCUGGGAUGUGCGAGUGCUCAUCUGUGCACUUGUGUGGAUCCCUUCAGGUUGGACAGCAACAAUGCUUGUCAAAGAAGCCUCCAACGUGCUGAAAGUCGUUGCCCAGGGUGCUGCAUCGAUGUUGACCUACGCGUUCAGUCUGACGCCACUUGUGGCAGCAGCCGGCAUGAAGGCCCGCGAACCGAUCUCCCCGCCUGUGGCAGUUCUGGCUCUCAGCGUCCUCUUUGCCGCAUUGACGUUCGGCUUGGACAGCGUCCAUGCUGGUCGGGCACCGUCUGAGGAUUUGAAACGUGAGGAUCCGCCGAACAAAGCUGUCGGCAGCACCGCUUGCGGUGGCUGA